GGUGGGGGGAGGAGCAGUGUUGAUACACACCAUCAUCACCAUCACUGUCAUGUUCAAGAAACGUAAAAAUAUUAAUAUUCGCCAGCGUCGUGUGAGUGAGGAUGAUGGUGGAGGAGAGAGUGAUAGUGUUGGUGAUGACAGUAACUCGACCAGCACCGUCAUCAAGAAGGAGAAGAAGAAGAUCAAGGAGAAGACUGAAGCCAAGAAGCAGUCCAUUUUAAGUUUUGAAGACGAGCUUGAAGCUGAUGAUGGCAUCAUCUUUCAAGAAAAGAAAUCUAGCUUGAGCUAUAAACUGCGUAAAGAAAUGAAGAAGGAGAGGAAGGAGAAACGAAAAGAGGAAAAAGAGAAACAGAGGCAGGCUGAAGGAAAGGACAAAUUUCAAGACAAGGACAAGAAUGGGGGACCAACUGUGUCUGAACUGGAUGAGCUGGGAAUAAGAAUAGUAAACGGUCGAGAGGCAGAGAGCAUCGGCGCUAAGCCAGGGGACUCGGAUGAAGAUGACCCCAGUACGCCGGGCAAGCACAAAUUCAGAGCAAAAAUUAUGAGGACCUCUCACUCACUGGAUCCCUGGAAAAAGAUUCUUCAAAGUGGUCAGAUUCCUGAUGCUAAUAUGAUACAUGCCAUCCGGAAGCAGAGACAGCAAGCCAGAGAGCAAGGUGAUAUGCUUCCUCUAGAUGAUACUGUCAGACAUGAGGAAACCAAAAGUCGUCUGGUACGUGAUGAUGACAACGAUCGCAGUGAUGAUGAUGGGGAAACCCGCAUGGAUUUCUCUGUGAAUCAACAUGCACGAGACAGACAACAACGACAGGAAGCCUUUGAAGCAGCACAAGAGGGUGGAAGCGACAACAGUGAUCAUGAACGAGAGUGGGAGAAACAGCAGUUACUGAAAGCAGGGGCAAAUGCCAAGGUGGCUGCAGUUAGUGAAGGGGAGUUGAAUCAAGAAACUGGUGAUAUCAGCAGCAUCCAGUUCACUGUGAUUGAUAAUGGAACAGCUCUUAGCAACACAGAGCAGCACUUAUGGGGCACAGAGACAUUAAUCCCUUCAUCUGCAGCAUCACUACCUCGCCCAUCUAACUACCAGGCGGAAGGGAUCAUCAAACGACUCCAGGACAGUCGUGUGAGCCUGGAGGAGGUGUACCGGCGGCACCAGACCGAGGCAGAUACUAUAAUAGAUGAUUUGGUGGCAUGCAAAUCAACUAUAUCCCGGUGCAACUUGGAACGGCAUCCAUUGACCAGCAUCUUCCAGUUUUAUCAAGAUAUCCGUGGGUAUGUCACUGACUUAAGAGACUGUCUGAAUGAAAAGGUGCCAGAGAUCAGUGCUCUAGAGGAUCAGGUGUACAUUCUGUAUCGGCAACGAGCGCAGAAAGCAGUACAACGCAGACGCCAGGAUGUUAGAGAUCAAAACGAUGAGUUUUCACCAUUUGCAGGUAAAGGUGCAAUUGGUGACGAGUAUCGGACGAGACGUGCAGCAGAACGGGAAGGUCGCCGAACUCGAAGACGAAGGGAACGGGAGAAAAAGGGGGAUGCUAGUCAUCAUGAUGGAAUGUCAACUGAUGAUGAGGAAUCACAGUCAGAGAUACAACUGGUGCAGUCUGAACUUGAGCGCAUCGCUUCAGAAGCUCGGAAAGUAUUUGAAGACGUAGAGGACGACUUCUCUCAGUUAAAACGCAUCAUGGCAAGAUUUGAGGAAUGGCGCAGUAAGGAGGGCGCCACAUACUCAGAUGCUUAUGUAUCUUAUAAUUUGCCCCAAAUAUUCUCUCCUUAUAUAAGACUUCAGAUGUUACUUUGGAACCCACUGAUGAGAGACAGUGAUGGAAUUGAAGUUGAGAGGAUGAAAUGGUUUAACCUCCUCCUCCUCUAUGGUACCAGUGAUAAUACAGAUGAUGAACCUUCACGUUUAAAGAUAGACCCAGAUCGCAAGCUAAUGUCACAUCUUGUUGAAAGAGUUGUCUUGGUGAAAUUAAAAGAAAUCAUUGGAUGUUGGUGGGAUCCUUUGUCUCAUGUACAGACAGUGAGACUAGUCAAUAUGGUAAGACAUUAUGCUGAGGCCUACCCUAGUUUAGGGCCAAGUUCCAAGCCCUUGAAGGAUCUCACUCAUGCCAUCAUCGCUAAGAUUAGAGAUGCAAUAGAUAAUGAUAUCUUCAUCCCAAUGUUUCCUAAAAAUGUAUAUGAAAACAAGAAUUCAGGAGUAAGCUUAUUCUUCCAGCGGCAGUUUUGGGUAGCCUGGAAGCUUUUAAGUUCUACGUUAAUGUGGCACAAAGUCUUGAGUGAUUCUGUCAUUCAUGAUUUAGCUGUUCGUUCCCUCCUGAAUUUGUACCUGUUGCCGGCACUCAAUUUAGCUGCUGAAAUCAAUCCCUCCGAUGCACUUGACAAAUGUAGAAAUGUAAUUAAUGCACUGCCUCGUGCCUGGGUGAAAAGUGAGGAAACUCAUGCUUUCCUUGGACGUCUUGAAGACUUCUUAGUGAAGCUUGCUGAAAAACUUGACCCUGCUGCUCACUCUCCAGCUCUGAAGGAAGUGUGUGACCUCUUAAAAUCCAUUGGUGCACAGAGUCAAGCAGACAAAAUAGCCUACAAGUACCUGUAAUUAUUAAGAAAAAGGUAGUCAGUAGUUGGGACUGGUUGCAUUGUAAAUGUACUGAAUAGGGAUGCCGUAUAUAAUUUAUAAUGUACUGUAUUUUUUUAACGUGUACUGUACUUUUUUUUAAUUAUUAACUUGUAAUACUGUCUUCUUUUAUACCUGUGAAUUUGAGCUGAAUGCCAUCUGUCAACUUUGUAUAUACAGUAUUUGAACAUUUGCAUUAUUUAAAGAUACAUGUGUUUGCAUGAAUAUGUACAGUAUGUUGCAAAAAUAUAAAUUAGGCAGAAUAUUCAGUAUUGUUGUAACAUCAUAAAAUUUCAUUGAAACGGCUUUUUUGUAUAAUUUUUUAAUAUGAAGAUUAUAUAAAAAUAAACCAUUAAAGACA